AUGAAACAACAACAAGACCACAGCUCGGAACCCUCAUCACAACAACACUUGCCAAAUAAAACUCAAGAUGUUGGUUCGACAACACCAUCAAACGAAAAUAUUUCACCAAAUACUUACAGUCAACAUCGUGCGUAUGCUGCGGAUAAACACAAAUAUCAAAUUAUUGAUCCAGACUAUAAGAGACCCAAAGUCUUUGAAUUGUGGGAAAAGUUUUCAUUGUGUCAUUUUGUGAGGAUGCCUUCUUCAACAUUUACAUUGCACAAUAGUGAAGAACAAUCAUCUGAAUCAAGACCUCCAUGUAGAGGAAUUUAUCGGAGAAUCACCGAUCUUAUGGAGGAUUCAUACUUUCUCUACCAUCAAUAUACAAAAAGCAAGAACAAUGAUUAA